GAAAAUGCAAAUAAUUUAGAGAGAGAAACUGCGUAUUUUAGAGAGACAAAGUGAUGAAUGUUGUGUUGAGAGUUUGAGACCCACCAUUUGUGAAUUGUUUUCUCUGGGGAAAAAAGAAAUGGUUGUAAGAACCCCGCCAAAGCAGAAGAAAAUUGAUGCCCCUCUCAACCCCAUUCUUCUCAGAGAACCUGUAAAGAAGGUGGAUCAAUGCAUGGCUCGAUUACAAGAUCUUCAGUACACAGUUGCAGGUGGAACAAAGGUCGUAUCUGGGGAGACACUGAGCCCUCGGAGUACCAGAGUCUAUCUCAGAACGAGUCUCAGAUGCAAGCAAGAGUCUCUCAGGAAAAAGUUGAACCAAAUUGGGACAAGAUGGAUGAGAAUGAUGUUUCCAUGGAAAUCCAAGAAAUUUCUUUGGAUCAUAACCAGAGACUUCCGGUUUCUCAGAAAAUUGAUGAGUUGAGCACCGAGACUCAGAAUUUGAAGGUGCACACAGUUUUAUGUAAUGAAGUGAAGAACAUUGAUGCAGAUUCCAUUCCUGGCCCUGAAGUUUAUGAUGCCCUUCUGUUUCUCGGUAUUGAGUAUGAAACUUUGAAGAAGAAAUAUUUGGAAGAGAGUGAGCUUCUGAAGAAGAAGUACCUUGAAGAGUGCUUGGAACGGAAGCGGCUGCACAAUGAAGUUAUUGAACUCAAAGGCAGCAUCAGGGUCUUCUGCAGGUGUAGACCCUUAAAUCAAGCUGAAAUUGCUAAUGGAUCUACUUCUAUAGUCGACUUUGACUCAUCUCGAGAAAAUGAGCUUCAAAUCAUUUGCUCUGAUUCUUCAAAGAAGCAAUUUAAGUUUGACCAUGUGUUCAGGCCUGGGAGUGACCAAGAGGCUGUUUUUGCACAAACUUCAGCAAUUGUGACUUCUGUGCUGGAUGGGUACAAUGUCUGUGUAUUUGCCUAUGGACAAACUGGAACUGGAAAGACCUUUACAAUGGAAGGAACUCCUGAAAAUAGGGGAGUCAACUACAGGACUCUGGAGGAGUUGUUCCGAAUUUCAAGGGAGCGAAGCAACAUAAUAAAUUAUGAAUUGUUUGUUAGCAUGUUGGAGGUUUACAAUGAGAAGAUCAGAGACCUUUUGGUAGAAAAAUCCAACCAGCCUCCUAAGAAGUUGGAGGUCAAACAAGCAGCAGAAGGAACCCAAGAAGUCCCAGGACUAGUUGAAGCCCGUGUUUAUGGCACAGAUGAAGUGUGGGGACUGCUUCAAUCUGGAAGCCGAAAUAGAUCUGUUGGAUCCACUAAUGCUAAUGAGCUCAGCAGCCGCUCUCACUGCUUGUUGAGAGUGACUGUUAAGGGGGAGAAUUUAGUGAAUGGGGAGAGGACAAGUAGCCACCUCUGGCUAGUGGACUUGGCUGGAAGUGAGCGGGUGGGGAGGAUUGAAGCUGAAGGUGAAAGGUUGAAGGAAUCUCAAUUUAUAAACAAAUCGCUCUCAGCACUAGGUGAUGUUAUCUCUGCCCUUGCAUCUAAAACAGCCCACAUUCCUUACAGGAACUCCAAGCUCACUCAUAUUCUACAAAGCUCUCUAGGAGGGGAUUGCAAAACCCUAAUGUUUGUCCAGAUCAGCCCAAGUGCUGCAGACUUAGGAGAGACCCUUUGCUCACUCAACUUUGCCAGCAGAGUCCGGGGAAUUGGGUGUGGUCCUGUUCGUAAACAGGCUGAUCUCACCGAGCUUUUCAAGUAUAAGCAACUGGCAGAAAAGCUAAAGCAUGAAGAAAAGGAAACCAAAAAAUUACAGGAUGUCUGCAGAAGUCUUCAAGAGAAGGUUCGGGACCUUGAAAAUCAAUUAGCAGUGGAAAGGAAAACCAGAUUAAAACAACCCCUGAAGACCAUUGCAGAGAAGAAGCCGCCUUUGGGUCCUUCAAAGCUGAAGAUGCCUCUGAAAGAAAUCUCUAAUUUCUUGCCCCCACCAUCUCCAAUCCCACCCCACAAAACCAUGAGUUACUCUUCAUCCUUCCUGCUUCAACAGAUAACAAAGAAAACAUGCUCAGACCAUCAGCUGCAGCAACCAAAACAAAAUCCCUUUUGCAACCAAGACGGACCAUAGC